GUGAGAUUUGUGAGAGUGAUAGACAACACAAGGUCCAAAAACACGUUGAAAUAUUUGUAACUUUUGCCAAUUGCCAUUUGCAAAAGUUUCGUGGUUCCUAUUCUUUCUCCAGAUUCAACCUUUCCUUUCUUUCUCCUCUCUCUCUCUAAACUUCAUUUCCUUCUCUCCCUCUCCUUAUUUACCCACCUGUUCGUGUUUCGAUUGCCUGUUCUGUGAUCCGAGAUUGAUCCGUGGUACAACCUCUGUUUUGGGAUUUCUCCGAUUCAAAAUUGGGGGUGUUCCUUUUGUUCUUCGUUUCCCCGGAUAAUUUGGCACUGAAAGGAAGCUCAGUCAAUUGGGAAAUCGUUGUCGUCUCCGAUUGAUCCUCACAAGUUACCAUAUCGCCGGCAUCGGAAACGAAAAGAAGGUGCUGCAGUGGGAUUCCCGCAUUGAUUCUUCCAGGAAAGCGCCCUGCCUUUGUUCUGUUUAGUGUUUGUAAUUUUGGAAUCGAUUGAUGAUGGUGAAGGAUCUGAUGAGGUUGGAUUGAAGCGAUCGGGGAAUUUGGAAGGCGGAAGGGGUUCCUUCCUGACGGAUCCGCACAGAGAAAAUUGUGAGGGGUUUCAUUGCGGGGUUGGUCUGGAGUGCAUUCUAAGCAUUGUCAGGGCCCUUCGGAUGGGGUCCUGCUUGUCUGCGGAGAGCAGGAGCCCCCUUCCUGGAUCCCCAACCUCUCCGGCCUUGGGUUCCGGGAAGAACCGCAAGAACUCCAGGCGACGAAACUCUUCCCGGAAUUCGUCGUUCGGCGAUCUCCCGCUGCAUCAGCUUCCGGGGCGCCUCUGCCUCAAUGGCUUCAGUGAUGUCGCCUCUCUGUUCACGCAGCAGGGCAAGAAGGGGACCAAUCAAGAUGCCAUGAUUGUUUGGGAGAAUUUUGGCUCUCGAACUGACACAAUAUUCUGUGGGGUUUUCGAUGGCCACGGCCCCUACGGUCAUAUGGUUGCAAAGAAAGUUCGGGAUUCUCUUCCUCUCAGGCUGAGUGCACAUUGGGAGGUCAACUUGACCACGGAUGAUGUUCUUAAAGAGAUCAGCCUUAACACUGGAAGCAUUAACUCGGACGAAGCUACCUCCUUUUUAUCUGCUGAUGAAGAGUUUAGGGCCUCCACUGAUGUUGAUGGAACAGAAAAGCAACCUGAAAUUUUCCAUACUUUGAGGGAUUCAUUUUUCAAGGCUUUUAAAGUUAUGGACAGGGAACUAAGAAUGCACCAGACUAUAGAUUGCUUCUGUAGUGGGACUACAGCAGUGACUAUGGUGAAGCAGGGCCAGGAUCUUGUCAUCGGAAAUGUUGGGGACUCGCGAGCUGUUUUGGGUACGAGAGAUACAGACGGCUCUCUUGUUGCAAUUCAAUUGACGGUGGAUCUCAAGCCAAAUCUUCCAGCUGAAGCAGAGAGAAUCCGUAAGUGUAAAGGUCGUGUCUUUGCUCUCCAAGAUGAACCUGAUGUUCCUCGAGUUUGGCUUCCAAACAGCAACUCUCCUGGACUCGCCAUGGCACGAGCAUUUGGAGAUUUCUGUCUCAAAGACUUUGGUCUUAUCUCCGUACCUGAAAUAUCAUAUAGACGGCUCACUGAAAAAGACAAAUUCAUUGUUCUGGCUACAGAUGGAAUAUGGGAUGUGCUGUCGAACAAAGAGGUUGUAGAUAUUGUUGCAUCAGCUCCAAAACGCACCACCGCAGCUCGAACCCUGGUCGAGACAGCCGUUAAAGCAUGGAAAUAUAAAUACCCAACUUCCAAGAUCGACGACUGUGCGGUGGUUUGCCUCUUCCUCGACUCAAACUCCAGCACUUUAUCAUCUGCUUCCAAUGCCAAGUCAGAAGAGCAACAUACUACAUCAGCAGAUCAAGUGAUCAGCAGUGCAGUUGAGAACGAAGAUCUUUCUGGCCUCAAUGGUCUGAUUCGGUCGGGAACUGUCCGAACGAGCAAGGAAAUUCUGCAGGAUGGGAGCGAAGAAGAAGAUGAAUUUAAGGAGGAAGAACAUUAUGAGGUGGGAAUAGAAUGGUCCGCCCUUGAAGGAGUCUCACGCGUGAACACUUUGGUGAACCUGCCGAGAUUCGAUCCUGGAAAAGAAGAGAAGAAAGGGCGGAAGUAAGAAAAGUAAAAGUAAAGAAGAUUCAUCUCAUUCUCAUGGGUGCCUACUGCCUACUGCCUUGUUUGGGUAAAAUUUUACCAGCUUUCCUUUUUCUUGCUUCUGUUAUUAUUCUUUCUGUAGGAGAGGAAAAGAAAUCAUAAAAUAUUGAACCCGAGAGAGGUCGGCCCAGCCUUAUUAGUGCGUCUGGGAAUCGUCGAGUCUCUCAUAUCGCUAGAAUUCGAGUUUUGUAGAAUCUGAUACUUGCCAUCCUUUUGUUGUUGUCAUAAAUCUUGUACGAAUUGUUGGUUAUAUUUGUCAUGUUGAUAAUAAAUUUUGUGAUUGUAAAGCCCUCUAAGAUUCAA